GUCUAACUGUCAUAUAUUUGCCGAAGUUAUAUAUUAUUUUAUUUAUUAUAUUGUGUUACAUUAGAGGGAUAUAAUGUUAAGAAGUUGUUCAAAUUUUAUAGGAAGGAGUCAAAGGCUUUUAAGCCGCGGUUUACACCUGGUUCCUAUCGUUGUAGAACAAACGGGUAGGGGAGAACGUGCCUACGAUAUAUUUUCACGUUUAUUGAAGGAACGAAUUAUAUGUUUGAUGGGACCAAUUCACGAUGAUAUGAGUUCAUUGGUGGUUGCCCAGCUAUUGUUUCUUCAAUCCGAGAAUUCAAAUAAGCCUAUUCAUCUGUACAUUAACUCGCCGGGGGGUGUGGUUACAGCUGGCUUAGCGAUAUACGACACGAUGCAGUAUGUAAAGCCUCCCAUCGCUACAUGGUGUGUAGGGCAAGCUUCAUCAAUGGGUUCGUUGUUGUUGGCAGCGGGUGCUCCUGGAAUGCGUUAUUCUCUGCCAAACUCAAGAAUUAUGAUACAUCAGCCCUCGGGGGGUGCACAAGGCCAGGCUACGGACAUCCAAAUACAAGCCGAGGAAAUAGUAAAAUUAAAGAAACAGUUGACUAACAUUUACGUUAAGCACACUCAUCAAUCAUAUGAUUUAUUAUAUCAACGAAUGGAGCGGGACAACUUCAUGUCACCAGACGAAGCGAAACAACUUGGAAUAAUAGAUCAAAUUCUCGAACAUCCUCCCGAGAUGGUGGCAGACUCCACAUCCAAAUAAGAAAUUCACUUAAAAAUCAUAAUCUAUAUGUCCCAUGAUUCUAUAAACCAAUGUAUAGCUCAUUCAAAUAUUUUUUACUAAAAAAAACUUUAAUAAAAUGUAGUUAAAAACAUAUGAAAAAA